AUGUCACAGAAUCAAAGCAGAGUGACAGAAUUCAUUCUUGUUGGUUUUCCUGGACUUCACCGAGAAUAUUAUGGUCUUGUAUCGUUUGUUUUAUUCUUAGUGUAUGCGAUAACUGUGAUAGCAAAUGCUACAGUUUUUUUCUUAUUUGUAACUAACCGCAGUCUUCACAAACCCAUGUAUUACAUCAUUUUAAAUGUGUCUGUAUGCGACUUUCUCUUUAGCACAACAACUUUACCUAAAAUCAUCAGCAGGUACUGGUUUCAAUCAGGGAGCAUUUCCUUCAUUGGUUGUUUUGUCCAAAUGUGCUUUGUUCACUAUUUGGGCUCGGUAAAUUCUUUUAUUUUCUCGCUGAUGGCUUUUGACAGGUACUGUGCUAUCUGUCAUCCUCUCCGGUAUAUAACUGUUCUUAAAAGCUCAACAGUCCACAUUCUCAGUGUGACUGCAUGGAGCAUAGCUAUUAUAGUCCCUCUUAUAUUAGCCAUCAGAGCAUAUCCUCUUCCCUAUUGUGCAUCAAAUAUAAUCAAUCAUUGUUAUUAUGAUCAUAUUGGAAUAACACUUUUGGCGUGCACAGACAGAACCCUAUAUUCUUUUCCUGCAUUUACAAGUGCAAUGAUCAUACUGCUUUUACCCCUUUCAUUUAUAGUUUUCUCAUAUUGUGCUAUACUUAUAGCAGUAAGUAAGGUAGCAGAUUCCAAAAAUUGUGUAAAGUCUCUGUCAACUUGUAGUACUCAAUUGAUAAUAAUCUCACUUUAUUAUGUACCCCGCUGUUUUGUGUAUUUAACUAGCCAUGUUGGCAUUCAAUUUAGUACUGAUGUGCGAGUAGUAAUUAUUAUGCUUUAUAGCCUUGGUCCCCCAAUGGUAAACCCACUCAUUUACUGCUUAAGAACCAAAGACAUCAGAGAGUGUUUGGUGAAACAGUUCUGCAUAAGUACUGGACACCCAAAAGCUCAAGUGUCAGUGGUUACCAACUGA